AUGCUAAUAGAGCUGUGUCUAUACACUCUGGGGAACCUGACUGCAGAGAGUGAAGCUGUUCGGAAGCAGCUAUUGGCACAGGGCAUCAUCCCAGCACUGGCCUCCUGUAUACAGUCACCUCAUGCAGCAGUGGUGGAAGCCGUGGGCUACACACUCUCCCAGCUUUUACAGGCUAAAGAAGCACCUGAGAAAAUUAUACCGUCAGUCUUAGAGUCUGGUGUAACGUCCCAUCUGCUGAGGUUGCUGCAGUCUGAUUCAGAGUUUGGGAUUGGGGCAGCAAUUGAGUGUGCCUGGUGUCUGCACUACAUUAUCUCAAGCAAUGCAAACACAAACCUUCUGAUGGUUCAAGGUGCUGUUUCAAAGUGCACAUCCCUGCUAGUAGCACUAGGUGGAGCUGUAGCGUCAGGCACUGCAACAGAGGGAAUGGAUCUGGUGAUUUCUCCUGUGCUCCGUUGUCUUGGAAACCUGCUGGCCAAUCACGGGAUGGAGAGCUGCAGAGAGCAGAUGAGGGACAGCAGAGUGCUGGUGGCGCUGUGUGCUUUCAUCCAGGGCUUUUUACAGCAACGUCCAUCUGUGGCACGGGAAAGCCUGUGGGUCAUCAACAACCUCACAGCUGACGAUCCUGUAUUCUGCUCGGCUGUGUUUUACCUGAACCUGGUACCUGUGUUCAUGCAGCUUCUCCCUUUCUCCAAGGGAAUAAAUAUCAUGGUCCUCAGAUUGCUGUGUAACAUUGCGGAGAAAGGGCCUGUGUACUGCCAGCAGCUGCAGCAACGAGAGAUCUUCUCUGCACUCCAUGCAACCCUCAGAAUGGCCGAACCCAAAGUAUUCCGUCUCAGUUUGGAACUGCUCCACAUUAUUGUGGCAAGCAUUCCGCAGGUGGCUGAUGAGUUUACUGAGAAGGGAAUCUCAGCUCUAGAGGCCAUUCAGUACAACAGUGAUGAGGAGAUCCGACUGCGAGCUAGUUACAUAUUAGACCGCUACCUUCAUAAGCACAGCCAGGUAGGGCUCCAACACAAGACAUCCCAUUUAAAACAGGUUUAUUCUGAUAGCAUUGAUUAG